GAACUGCUGCACCUUUAAGGCAAUGAAGAAGAAAAGCGGCCGCGGAGGAGGAGGCGAGAGUUAUUCCAUAAUGCUCUGAGCCAGGGAAGGUUAGCGCAGGGACCAGUGUGAUUUGUACGGCUGCGAGAAGAUGCGUGUGCUUGUUGCUUGCUGGAUGGAGAGAGGCGGCGAAAAGGGAAUGAGUUUUCAGUACAGCUAACUAUUGCUUCCUGCUUACAAAUUCAUACGUAAUUUUUUUAUCCAAUCCAAAUGUAUGCAUUUUUUUUCACUGGAAACUUUUUGGUCUCAUUAUUUAUUCAUAGUGUUUUCUUUAUUUUGUAGACUAAUUCGAAUUGUUUUAACUUAAUUCUUUAUUUUCUUUGAAUUUAAUUUGGGAAUUCCACCUGUGCAUAUUGCGCUUGUCCCUCCUCGUGUCGUAUGCGUCUUCAGCCUCCAGUCUCCGCUCUGACUCAACCGCACUCACCUGGACCAGAGCUCAAGGAGGCGAGACCCACAUGUACCCCGCAGAGCAUCGCGCCCAGAAGCGGGGAAGGCUGCACUAAGGCACGGCGUGGCCACUUCAAGAGAGACGUACAGUUGGAUCUAAGCUCUUAUCAUAAGACAAUCACCAGACGCUCAUACCUCCUCUUCCCAACGCGAAGAGAGAGAAAGAGAGAGAGAGAUACUGAUUUGUACAGACCAUCGUCCAUUGCAAUUGGCAUAUUGAAGAAAUAUAAAGAAAACUUAAGGAAGAAAGUGUGUGGAGUGAAAAAAAGAAAAAGCAUAGCUUGGAUAUUGAACGGUGCGGGGCAUGUGGAUAUUGGCUGUCAUCUUUUUCCAGUGCAUCUUGAAUGUUUUCAGUGAAGAUUUACGUUCCAGCUUAUAUUUUGUCAAUGCAUCUGUGCAAGAGGUAGUGUUUGCCAGCACCACAGGGACCUCGGUGCCCUGUCCCGCCGCGAGUGUGCCCCCCGCCUCGCUGCGCUGGUACCUGGCCACCGGAGAGGAGAUCUACGAUGUCCCCGGGAUCCGCCACGUGCACCCAAAUGGCACCCUUCAGAUCUUCCACUUCAACCCCUCCAGCUUCAGCAACCUCAUCCAUGACAACACCUACUAUUGCACAGCGGAGAACCCCUCAGGGAAAAUCAGGAGCCAAGAUGUCCAUAUUAAGGCUGUUCUACGAGAGCCCUACACGGUCCGCGUGGAGGACCAGAAAGCCAUGAGAGGCAAUGUGGCGGUGUUCAAGUGCAUUAUCCCAGCCUCGGUGGAGGCCUACAUCACUGUUGUGUCCUGGGAAAAAGACACAGUGUCAAUCAACAUCCAGACGCCUCGGUUCCUCAUCACCUCCACGGGAGCCCUGUACAUCCUGGACGUGCAAAAUGAGGAUGGAUUGUAUAACUACAGGUGUAUGACACGCCACCGCUACACAGGAGAGACCAGGCAGAGCAACAGCGCACGCCUCUUUGUGUCAGACCCCUCCAACUCGGCACCGGUCAUCCUGGAUGGCUUUGAGCGUCGCGAGGUGAUGACAUCACACCGGGUGGAGCUGCCGUGCAAGGCGUCUGGUCACCCGGCCCCCAAGUACCGCUGGCUGAAGGACAACCGUCCGCUAGAGCCGGACAGCCGCUUCAGGCAGAGUGUGACGGGCCUGUUGAUAGAGAGGGCGCAGCCCAGCGACAAGGGAAGCUACGUGUGUGAGGUGUGGAACAGCUAUGGCAACGCAGAGGUGGUGGGGAGGCUGCAGGUUAAAGAGCCCCUGAAGGCAGUGGUCAGCCCGAGGAAGGUGAAAGGCAGCGUGGGUAGCCAGGUGUCUCUGUCGUGCAGCGUGAGUGGCUCGGAGGAGUACGACCUGUCCUGGUACCGGAAUGGAGAAAUUAUCUACCCUGGGAACAGUGUUCGUAUGACUGGCAACAACCGGGAGAACCUGGUCAUGGCUGGGAUGGCUAAGAGUGAUGGAGGAGCCUACCAGUGCUUCGCUAGGAAAGGCAAGAUGUCCGCCCAGGACUUUGUCCAGGUCAUUCUGGAAGACGGCACGCCCAAGAUAAUCUCUUCCUUCAGUGAGAAAGUGUUUGGAACCAACGAGUUUGUGUCACUGUUCUGCACGGUGAAAGGCACACCGGAGCCCAGGGUGAUGUGGACGCUGGACGACGACCCAGUCAUCAGGGACUCCCGCCACCGGAUCGGCCACUACACCAACCAGGAGGGCCAUGUGAUCAGCCACCUGAACAUCAGCCAGACCACGGGGCCGGACGGGGGGGUCUACCGGUGCAUCUGCAACAAUUCGGCCGGGGCGGUCUCCUACCAGGCGCGAAUAAACGUAAGAGGGCCUGCCAGCAUACGACCAAUGAAAAACCUCACCGCCAUUGCUGGGCGGGACAUGUACAUUCACUGCCGCGUCAUUGGCUACCCGUACUACUCCAUCAAAUGGCACAAGGACGCCAACCUGCUCCCCUAUAACCACCGGCAGCGGGCAUUUGAGAACAAUGGCACGCUAAAGCUGUAUGAUGUACAGAAGGAUGUGGAUGAGGGAGAGUACACAUGUAGCGUGCUGGUCUCACCUUCUCUCUCCACCAGCCAAAGUGUGCACGUCAGUGUGAAAGUUCCCCCCACCAUCCAUCCCUUUGAGUUCCCUCGUUUCUCUAUUGGCCAACGUGUGUUCAUUCCGUGCGUGGUGAUGUCAGGUGAUCAGCCUGUCUUCAUCACCUGGCAGAAGGACGGUCGGCCAAUCCCGGCCAGCCUCGGCGUAACCAUCGACAACAUAGACUUCACCAGCUCCCUACGUAUCUCCAACCUGUCUCUCCUGCACAACGGCAACUACACCUGCAUCGCACGCAACCAGGCCGCCACCGUGGAACACCAGAGUCAGCUCAUCGUCAGGGUCCCUCCAAAGUUUGUGGUGCAGCCCAAGGACCAGGACGGCAUCUAUGGUAAAGCUGUGAUCCUCAACUGCUCUGCAGAGGGAUACCCCGUCCCUACCAUAGUGUGGAAGCAUUCCAAAGGUGCGGGGGUUCCCCAGUUCCAGCCUAUAGCCUUGAACUCAGGCUUCCGUAUCCAGGUGCUGGUCAACGGCUCUCUGCUCAUCAAACAUGUACUGGAGGAGGACAGCGGCUACUACCUGUGUAAGGUCAGCAAUGACGUGGGAGCUGACGUCAGCAAGUCCAUGUACCUCAACGUCAAAAUCCCAGCCAUGAUCACGUCGUACCCCAACACCACGCUGGCUACGCAGGGCAGUGAGAAGAGGAUGAGCUGCACGGCCCACGGGGAGAAACCCAUCAUGGUGCGUUGGGAGAAGGAAGAUCGCAUCAUCAACCCAGAGAGCAGCCACCGCUACGUGGUCACCGUCAAAGAGGUGGCCGACGAGGUCAUCUCCACCCUGCAGAUCCGGCCUACAGUGAGGGAAGACUCAGGCUUCUUCUCCUGCCAUGCCAUCAACUCCUAUGGUGAAGACCGAGGGAUCAUCCAGCUAACAGUGCAAGAGCCCCCGGACCCUCCUGAGGUGGAGAUCAGAGAGGUGAAGGACAGGACCAUCGCCCUCCGCUGGACCAUGGGCUUUGACGGAAACAGCCCAAUCACAGGCUUCGACAUUGAGUGCAAGAACAAAUCAGGCUCCUGGGAAACAGCCCAAAGGACCAAAGACGUGUCUCCCCAGCUCAACCAGGCCACCAUCAUAGACCUGCACCCCUCCUCCACCUACAGCAUCCGCAUGUUCGCCAAGAACCACAUCGGCAAGAGUGAGGCCAGCAACGAACUCACCAUCACCACAGACGAAGCAGCCCCUGAUGGUCCCCCACAAGAUGUGCAGCUUGAAGCUUUCUCCUCUCAGAGCAUCAAAGUCUCCUGGAGGGCUCCUAAGAAGCACCUCCAGAACGGAGCGAUCCGAGGCUACCAGGUGGGCUACAGGGAGUUCAGCUCCGGGGGAAACUACCAGUUCAAUGUCAUCACCAUGGAAACGACGGGGGACAACGACCACAGUGAGAGCAUCACCCUGGACAGCCUGAAGAAAUUCACCCAGUAUGGGGUGGUGGUGCAGGCCAGCAACAGCGCUGGGACUGGACCCUCCUCCCAGGAGGUCAUCUCUACCACACUGGAGGAUGUUCCCAGCCGACCUCCAGAGAAUGUCCAGGCCACGGCGGCGUCCCCAGAGGUUAUCUCUCUGUCCUGGCUGACCCCUCCUAAAGACGCCCUCAACGGCAUCCUGCUUGGCUUCAGAGUCAUCUACUGGGCCAACCUGCCGGACGGAGAGCUGGGGGAGAUCCGUAACGUGACCACCUCUAAGCCAUCUCUGGAGCUGGAUGGUCUGGAGAAGUACACCAACUACAGCAUCCAGGUGCUGACCUUCACUCGGGCAGGGGAUGGGGUGCGCAGCGAGCAGAUCUUCACCCGCACCAAGGAGGACGUCCCUGGUCCUCCUGCUGGCGUGAAGGCAGCGGCGGCGUCUAACUCAGUGGUGUUUGUGUCAUGGCUCCCUCCUCUCAAACUCAACGGCAUCAUCAGGAAAUACACUGUCUUCUGCUCUAACCCACACCCCACGGUGAGCAGUGAGUUUGAAGCAGCUCCAGACAUCUUCUUCUACCGUAUCCCCAACCUGAGCAGGAACCGUCAGUACAGCAUCUGGGUGGUGGCCGUCACCGCAGCCGGCCGUGGAAACGCGAGUGACAUCAUCACCGUCAAGCCCCUGGCCGAGGCUCCUGCUCAGAUUCUGACGUUCAACGGCACCGUGACCACACCCUGGAUGAGGGACAUCGUGUUGCCCUGUAAGGCGGUGGGCGACCCAGCCCCCACGGUCAAGUGGCUCAAGGAGACAAACGGAAGCCCUGCCCCUGCUGUGAUCGACAGUAGACGCAUCAUCCAGGGUAAUGGCAGCCUAGUCAUCCGCACAGUGAAAGCUGAGGAUUCUGGGAACUACACCUGUGUGGCUAGCAACAGUUUUGGGCCCGAUAAAAUCAUCCUCAACCUGCAGGUUCAAGUUCCCCCAGACCAGCCUCGUCUUACCGUUACCAAGACGACCACCACAUCCAUCACUCUGUCCUGGAUACCAGGAGACAACGGAGGCAGCUCCAUCAGAGGCUACAUCCUGCAAUACUCAGAGGACAACAGUGAGCAGUGGGGCAACUUUGCCAUUAGCCCUAGUGAGCGUUCCUAUCGCCUGGAGAACCUGAAGUGUGGCACCUGGUACAAAUUUACACUGACGGCACAGAAUGCUGUGGGGCCAGGGCGAAUCAGUGAGAUCAUCGAAGCUAAGACUCAUGGGAAAGAACCCCAGUACUCUAAAGAACAGGAGCUCUUCACCAGUAUCAAUGCCACGCGUGUCAAGCUCAAUCUGAUUGGCUGGAACAACGGCGGCUGUCCAAUCACAUCCUUCACGUUGGAGUACCGUUCGGUGGUGUCUCCCACGUGGACCACGGCCCAGCGCACCUCUCUGAUCAAGAGCUACAUCCUGUAUGACCUGGCCGAGGCCACCUGGUACGAACUGCAGAUGAAGGUGUUCAACAGCGCUGGCUCAGCAGAGAAGAGGGUCAAGUUCGCCACACUCAGCUACGACGGCAGCACCAUCGCUCCCCUGGUGAAGGCCCCGACAGUGAGUGCGGGCAGUACGUCCAGUAACGAGGGUCUGAAAAUGGUGACCAUCAUCUCAUGUGUUCUGGUGGGCAUCGUGCUGGUCUUCGUCCUGCUACUUGUGCUCAGGAGGCGGAGGCGGGAACAGAGACUGAAGAGGCUUAGAGAUGCUAAAAGUUUAGCCGAGAUGCUGAUGAGUAAAAACACGCGACCUGCAGACACCAUCAACAAGCAGCAGCAGACCAUGAGAAUGCACAUCGACAUCCCCCGAGCCCAGCUGCUCAUAGAGGAGAGAGACACCAUGGAAACAGUCGAUGACAGGUCCACAGUGCUACUGACUGACAAUGACUUUGGGGAGACCCAGAAACAGAAGUCGUCUACGGUUACCCACACUGUCCACUACCAGUCCCUGUCCCAGGCCACCGGACCUCUAGUGGAUGUAUCUGACGCUAGGCCAGGAACCAACCCCACAGCCCGCCGCACUGCCAAAGCAGGCCCUGCCGCACGCAACCGCUACGCUAGCCAGUGGACCCUGAACCGACCACACCCGCCAGUCUCGGCCCACACCCUGAGCACUGACUGGAGGCUGCCCACGCCACGGGUGGCCGGAUCUGUGGAUAAGGAAAGUGACAGCUACAGUGUCAGCCCAUCUCAGGACACAGGGGGCGAGCUUGUGCACCUGCCUCCUUACCUGCGCAUGGACUUCCUGCUGAACCGUGGCAUGUCGUGCACGGGCACUAGGGAGGGGUGGUGCCGGGGGGAGGGGGCCAUGGGUCAGGCCUGUCUGGAACCCCAGAAGAGUCGCUCCCUGAAGCGGCCGUCGCGUAUGGCGCCCCCUACACCCACAGAGGCCCCCCAGGCCACCAGCAGGGCCAGCAGCAGGGACCCAGUGCCCCAAUGGCAGCCCGGCUCAGCCGCCACCCUGCCCCACAGAGAGGGCUCAGAGCUGGCCCAGGCCGCCAAGCUUAGCACCUCCCAGGAGUCCCUACUGGACUCACGAGGACACCUCAAACAGACCAACAACCCCUACGCAAAGUCCUAUACGCUGGUAUAACACCAGAGGCAUGGGGCUGGACUAAAACUCACACUAACACUGGACUUAUUACACUUACAAGUGCAGUAAACUGACUCUCACCACACAGUCCUGUAUAUAACGUCCCCUUUCUUCUUAAACGAGGGAUAACUUUUACUAAUCUCCUUUUAUUUAUUUUGGAGCUUUCUUUGUUUUUUAAACUUGUGAGAAAUUUCACUCAUCUGAAAUGACUCCAUGCGGAGCUUGCCAAAAUAAUUACGUUAUGAGGGAACAUAAUUUAUUAUUGAUUAUUAUUUUUAAUCAAUAAUUAUUAAUCAGGGAUUAUUUGUUGUUAGUUGUCAACUUUUAAUGAUUAUUAAUUAUUGAUUAGAAAUGAUCAACUAUUACCAUUACUACACUGUUUUAAUAAGAACCUGGACAACUUUUUUUCAGAGUGUGAGAUGAUAAUUUGGAGCCCAUACUUUUUUUCUAUGGAAAAUUCCUUUUAAACACUGAAUGAAACUUAGGAAAAUCUGAAAUCUGGGAAUGAAAGCAAUCGACAGCUGUCCAAACUUGUCAGCUGCUCUCAAAUUGUUACUUUUUGAAGAAAAAAUACAUCUAUUUCCUAUGGAUGCAUGGGGACUGACCAAUUAAAGACUAUUAUAAGGAUUAUGAUCACAACUGGACAGCCCAGUUGAGCAUUUUGUCACACUAUGAAAUGAUCCAAUGUGAAGAUUUAUUAUUCUUAUUACUAUAAAUAUAUAUAUAAAAAGAGAUCACUUUUAUCUGUGGAUAUUACAGGGAAGAAUUGAUUUGGUUAAUAAAGUCCUUAGUCAUGUUUGCACAUAUCUCAUUUUGAUUAGGAAAUGGAGUCACUAUUGAUCUUUCUCUGUAUUCCAUUCUCUGAUGGUGCAAUAUGAAAAAAGAUUAUGAAAAUUAUAUGGAUACUAUUUGCUCUAUACUGUACUAUAAUGAAAAUAAUGACUAUGUUGUGAGUAUACUUACAGGGCGGGACAAACCCCAGCUAUGUAUCAGGUGUAGUUUACCACUGCUAAUUUGCCAGGGUGGUAGAUGAAGUUAGCUAGAACAGGGAGGGUUAGAGAUUUAACGGUUUGCACUUCAUGACACCCAAAAAGUGUGUCCAGACAGAGCCCCUAUUCUCAGUGCACUAGGUAGAGUCUUCAAGACUCUCUCUCCUCUUCAGUAGAUUUACUGUUGCUGCAUUGCAGUGAUGCUCCUCUACAGGGAAAAAACAAUGAGACAAUCCAACAGAAUCCCCCUUUCAAACCAAACCUAAAGUCUAUGGGAAAUAUCUAUCUAAAGUGUGGAUAUAACAAAACUGUCUUGUUGUUGUCUACCCUGGCCCAUUUCUUUCUUUCUUUAAGUCCUGGAGGGAGAGUUUGAUAAGAAUGCUGUGAGGUUAUUAAUGCCAGUUUUUAUUAUUAGUUUUAAUUAAUUGUCUUCAUAUUCCUUUUAACAAGAUGUCGCUUUUUAUUUUUAACAUGGUGUUCACCAUGGUGGCACUGAAAUAAAGAGAAAUUAACACACCGUUCAAAUUUGAUUAAUAAAAAGGCUGUUCCCAAAAUGAUCCUGCAAAUUUGGACAUGAAUGACUGGAGAUGGGUCUUUUUAGAGGCACUGAUAGAGGAGGAUGCCUCCGAAGGUUUCCCUGUGUGGGUCACUGGGGGAGUGAGUGAGUUGAGUGAGUGGGGUGGUAGUGGUGGAUUUUUGGAUAACUCAUCUUAAAGGGCAACUGAACGUAAAAAGCCAUUUCUCUGGUUGAAAACGGCCUAUCUCAGAAACAUUUAUUCCAGUGCCAAAAUUGACAAAAAACUUUAAGUAGAAUAACUUUGGUCAUAAAGUCAGUACAUUCCAAAACAGAGUUUUGUGAGAUUUGUGUAACUGAGGUCGUCACAACUUACAUGAGGGUUGGGUUUGGAUUACAAUCAUGCCCACUAAAAUGGGAUUGUAUCGCCAAGGGAGAAUUGUUAUGCACUGAGAAACGAAUGCGUUGAUUGCACUCUAUCCAAUCAUAGCAGCGAACCUCCAGACAGCGAGACAGACCUGCCUAUUAAGCAACUCCCCGGACUCUGACUUAUUUACAUAAAACAACUUGUCACCAAUAUUAUGUUGAAAGAACACUUGGCCCCUAUGGAGUGAACAACUUGCUGAUGUGUUUGAUAGUGAUCACUCAAGUCUGCCACUGUUUUGGUCAAAAUGAGAAUUGAGACAAUGUGCACUUGCAUCCCGACUGCCUCUUGUCAAUAUUCCAAAAUUCUAAACCCUUUCUAGAGCGUCUUGUGUCCCGCUGCGACCUGUUUCGUAAGAUGAUUCGCUAUGAAACACUGCCAGACAGACACACUCUCUGGUAAUAAAGUAGUUUUUCAUGCACAUGUUAUAACUUGAGAAAUACUGCACUAAACACCUUAGCUAAAUGUAAAAUUGUGCGACCUCGGCAAAAAUGUGAAAAUUACAGAUUUCUUGAUUUAUCUCUAUGUUGUUGCUAUUGUGCCUUAAGAAGGACAAAUAACAGUAACUGCCAGGGUACGAUAAAUCAAACAUAACACACCCACAUCGAACCAUACCCCCAAGACCCAAAUCUCGUUUAUCUUUUUUUAAAUAUAUAUAUUUAAAAAAAUAUAUAUUCUCCACACCAGAUACAAACAUACACAUACAAACAACAAAUUACAGACGCACACAAACAACGACUAUCUCAUCUGCCCAGGCCCACAUGCUCACCCCCCAUCCAUAGUACCUGCAUUAUUGUUUGCCACAAAUUGUACCAAUUUGUUUUUCUUAGUCGCCCAUGCUAUUUCAAUAUUUCAAUAAUUAAUCAUUACAUUUUUCCAUGGUGUUGAUGAUGGCAGAUUAAUUGAUUUCUAAGUUUUUAAGUAUAUGUUUUUUAAAGAUGAGUGAUGGAAGAGAAUCAUCCAGCCCAUUGGGUAUCUCACUGCACCCACAUAUGACAUGUCUUGAAAUAUGCAGACAGAUGGAUUAAAAGUUAGUUUACAUUCUAAUACUUCUGACUGCCAACUUUCUAGCUCUGCCCAUAACUUUUGGACUUUAUAGCAUUCCCAGAAAGCAUGAAUGAUUGAGUCAUUGUUCGUUUUACACUUAAGACAUGACUCUGCCAUUGUGCUGUGGAAUUUGUGAAUUCUGUCUCUUGUAUAAUAAAUUGUAAACAUUAGUUUA